ACCUGCACAGCUCCUGGUACAAGGCAGAGCAGAAGAGCACAGUAAGUUAAUCUGCAAGCCAUCCAGAAGCGUCUAGGACAGAGACAGUGACACCAGGGAACCAUAUGUCUGCACUGAACAUCCAGUAAAUUGUUUACUUGGAGGGUUGAUGAGAAACGUGCAAAUGAACCUCUGAAGGAGCUACUUGUCAGAUAUUUGCCCAUUCUGCAAUCUGUAACAUGAAGCUGAUGUAUUCUAGGAUGCAUCACAGAUGGAAGAUUUUGUCUCCACAGCCACAAUGUUCUGAGCAAAUUAUGACAUCGACAUCUAAGGGAAUUUUCCGGCCAUUUUUUAUUAUCUUCAUUAUCCUUGGUUGUUUCAUGGCAUUUAUAUUAAUUUAUAUCAAGCCAACAAAUAGCUGGAUUUCUGGUCCCAUAGAAUCAGCCAGUUCAGUGUUGAAAAUGAAGAACUUCUUUUCUUCCAAAGCUGAUAAUCUCAAUGAAACUACUGUUUUGAUCUGGGUUUGGCCAUUUGGUCAGACAUUCGAUCUAACCUCCUGCCAAACGAUGUUCAAUAUUCCUGGGUGCCAUCUGACUAUUGACCGCUCGCUAUAUAACAGAUCCCAUGCUGUUCUCAUUCAUCACAGAGACAUUAGCUGGGAUCUGGCUAAUUUACCUCAGCAAGCCAGGCCACCAUUCCAGAAGUGGAUUUGGAUGAACUUGGAGUCUCCAACCCAUACUCCACAAAAGAGUGGCAUUGAACACCUUUUCAACCUGACCCUGACUUAUCGGCGUGAUUCAGAUAUCCAGGUGCCUUAUGGCUUCAUGAUGGUUGGUACGAGUUCCUUCACAUUUGAAGUACCAAGUAAGGAAAACUUGGUCUGUUGGGUUGUAAGUAACUGGAACCCUGAGCACGCUCGAGUCAAGUAUUACAACGAGCUUAGCAAAUACAUUGAAAUCCACACCUAUGGACAAGCCUUCGGAGACUACGUCAAUGAUAAAAACUUGAUCCCAACUAUCUCCACGUGCAAAUUCUACCUUUCCUUUGAAAAUUCAAUCCACAAAGAUUACAUUACUGAGAAACUUUACAAUGCUCUUCUGGCUGGAUCAGUACCAGUUGUACUGGGCCCUUCCAGAGAAAAUUAUGAGAAUUACAUUCCAGCAGACUCUUUCAUACAUGUGGAAGAUUUUCUCUCCCCUAGAGAGCUGGCAGAAUAUCUUCUGAUGCUUGACAAAAAUAACAAGAUGUAUCUUAGUUAUUUCAACUGGAAGAAGGAUUUUUCAGUGCAUCUUCCUAGGUUCUGGGAAUCACAUGCAUGUCUUGCUUGUGAUCACGUGAAAAGACACCAGGAAUACAAGUCCAUUGGAAAUUUAGAGAAAUGGUUUUGGAAUUAA